CCAGCAGCAAGCCAGCAACGCGAUAGCUAAUCAAAUCCCACGUCUCCUGCUCGUGGACGGCUGGACGCCCUCUUCUCUUUCCUUCCUCUCCCCUCCCGCGCCCCACUUCGGCACGCCAAUUCCCCAACCCUAACAAACCCUUGCUACCGCAAGAGCCAGUCCAUCCAUGGGCGGCGAGAUGCCGGACGCCGACGGGAAGUCCCGCGGGGCGGACUCGUCCUCCGCCUCCUACGGGUACCCGCCGUCGGCGCCGCCGCCGCAGCAGCACCAGUACGGCACCUUCGGGCCCCCGUCGGGCGGCUCCGGGGCGUUUCCGCAGCCGGCGGUCGGGGUCCCCCAGCCGGCGCCGCCGCCCGGGAUGCAGCACUACCAGCAGCCGCCGCCGUCGUCGUACGCGGUCUACCCGCCGCCGCCGCCGCAGCAGCCUUACGCGGCGGCCGCGCCGUACUAUGCCCAGGGUUCCCAGGCCGUGCAAGGUUAUAUUCCUGUUGUUGAAGGGAGGCCUGUGAGAAUGCGGCAUCUUCCAUGUUGUGGCCUUGGCAUGGGUUGGUUUCUGUUUAUAAUUGGAUUCUUCCUUGCUGCCAUCCCAUGGUAUGUUGGAGCUUUUGUUCUGAUUUGUGUCCGAGUACAUGAUUACCGGGAGAAACCAGGAUAUGUUGCUUGCACUAUUGCUUUUUUCAUGCACGAGCCACGACUCACGAAGACAUCUAAAUCCUGUCGGGUCAUUAUGACAUUGAAAUUUCACCCUAUAAGGGUGUAGGAGAAGGGCCACACUUGCUGCAAUUGCUGUGCUGCUUGGUGCCACGAAAGGAGCUGAUGUGUGGUGAGAACGCCUUGGAUGGCCAGCGUUCUGCCUAAUGUAAUUUGUCCAUUAUUCUCCUACUUUGUUGAGUUGUCUGGGUUGUACAUGUAUGUAUAUAGAAAAUGGGGUGGAACGGGACCAACGUACUCUCCCUUGUGUUAGCACAUUUGUAAGAUUAUUGGCGUCAAUGUAUUCUCGCAUUAAUGAUUUGCGUUCGUUCCAUUAUGUUAA